AUGCGCUCUUUCCUUCUUGCCUUUCCUGCUCUGGUGACCGCCUACCUUGCUUACGCCCCUGCGGAAGCUUCGGGCGCGUUGCAGAACAUCUUGAAGAAUACCGACAAAACGGACAAAUACAGAUAUCCUACCGAUUUUACGCGUGAUAUCGAGCCUAAACCCUUCCACAGCCACAACGACUAUUGGCGGGAUGUUCCCUUCUACAGCGGCCUUGCAGCUGGUGCCAUAUCCACAGAAGCAGAUGUAUGGUUAAUUGACGGUACACUUUAUGUUGGUCAUGAGCCCAGCGCCCUCACAAAAUCACGCACUCUGGAGUCUCUCUACAUCAAUCCUAUACUCGACACUCUCCACCGCAUGAACCCUGGAUCACCAUUUCUCCCAGAUGGCUCUUCUAACGGCAUCUUUGAUACCGCAUCCUUCCAAACACUCUAUUUCUUUAUCGACUUCAAAACAGCGGCAGAUGAACUCUGGCCUGCCGUCCUCCAAGCGCUAGAACCUCUCCGCAACGGAUCCUGGCUCUCGACUUAUGAUGGCAAGAGCUUCUCCGAACGCCCUGUAACCGUGAUCGGCACAGGAAAUACAGAGUUGUCAGACGUGCGAAAGUACUUGCCUCGUGACGUGUUCCUCGAUGCGCCACUCGCACAACUCGGCGAGCCGAAGUACAAAGACCUCACGUCGAACGAGGCGGUCAUUGCGUCGACCAACUUCGCAGCCACCUUUGGCGAGAUGCGGAAAGCCGAGCUCAAUGACACGCAGCUCGCAAAGCUCAGGGAGCAAAUCGACGUUGCGCAUCAAAAGGGGAUCAAGGCUAGAUACUGGAACCAGCCGAAUUGGCCGAUCAGGACGAGAAACGCUAUCUGGAGGACCUUGUGGGAGGAAGGCAUUGACUUGUUGAACGUAGACGAUCUGAAGGCUGCUGCCGAGUUCUGGAAGGGUGAAUAG